GAGGGAGCCGCCUGUGAGCGGGGCAAACCCGCGUGAGAGACAAAAGCCCGGCACGGCCUCACUGCCGCCGGAGGGGUCUUUUGUUGCCGCUUUUUCGUCGAGGCUUGUGUGCUUCCCGCCGCACCCGCCCAGUCGCACCGCUGGAUACGGCCAGGGCGGCAAUCGCGAGCAGGCGGCGGCCUCCUCCCGGCUGGGAGAGCGAACGGCUCCUCGGCCCCGACCUCCACCAGUUGAUCAGAGUUCGGCCGGGCUGCGCCGGGGAGCGGCCCCACCGCCCCCGUCGGCUGGGGCUGCCCGGGCAGCGCUGCCCCGUCCUCGCUCCCUCCGGCAGCGUGUAGCGAAGUAGGAGGGAGCGGACACCUCCCGCCUCUCCCCGCCUGCCCUCUCCUCCCCGCGGCUGGGGCUCUGGAUAGGAGGAGCCGGAGGAAGAGGAAGAUGACGAGCGGGUGCAAUUAGCCUAACAAGGGACGGGCGGUGGAGGCGGCGGCCCCUUGCCGAGGACUGACACAUCUACUCUCUCUCCUCCUUCAGCCAUGAAGGCAGAAGCCGGGGAGCGCAGCUGAAGCCCAGGGUCGUUCCGGCGCUCUUCCCUAUGGCAACCGCGUGAAGGGGCCGAGCCCCCCUCCCCCGGCGGUGGGGCUGGGCUGGCCGAGCCUCGCCUGCUGUGUGCGAGCGGCUCUGGCGUUGACUCCCUCCCUCCUGUCCGUUCCCUUCCCCGAUGUGGGCUCCAGAGGAUUUGCGCCUCCUUUGUAACCAGGAAUGAAAUAAUGGCGACCCGGUGGGCAGCGGGGCCACCCGGCGGAGAUGGAGACAACGAGCCCCCCCCAGGCGGCGGCAGCGGCGCCGGCGGCCAGGCAUCAAAAAAUAAAGAUGGAAAAGAACAGAGUGAAGCUAUAUCACCAUCGGAGGAGGAAGAAACUUUCUCUUGGCCUGGUCCCAAAACUGUCGUGCUAAGGAGGACAUCUCAGGGUUUUGGCUUCACCUUAAGACACUUCAUAGUUUACCCUCCAGAAUCUGCAGUGCAGUUUUCUUUUAAAGAUGAAGAGAAUGGGAAUAGACAAGGAAAACAAAGAAAUAGACUGGAGCCAAUGGAUACCAUAUUCGUUAAACAAGUUAAAGAGGGUGGACCUGCUUUUGAAGCUGGACUGUGCACAGGUGACAGAAUUAUAAAAGUCAAUGGGGAAAGUGUUAUUGGGAAGACAUAUUCUCAAGUCAUUGCUUUAAUACAGAACAGUGACAGCAUAUUGGAACUUAGUGUUAUGCCAAAAGACGAGGACAUCCUUCAAUUGCUGCAGUUUACAAAGGAUGUCACAGCACUGGCGUAUUCCCAAGAUGCCUACCUGAAAGGCAACGAAGCCUACAGUGGUAAUGCCCACAACAUACCUGAACCACCGCCAAUAUGUUACCCGCGUCUGACAUCCACAGCUUCUGUUAAAGCACAAGCUGCAGACAAGCUUUCUUCUGACUUCUCGCUGGGGAAGCAGCAAGUCAGCAGACCAGUACGGGCAUUGACACAGCCAGAGAGGGCCUACAGAAUGGAAAUACAAGUGCCUCCGUCACCAACAGACAUUGCAAAAUCAAAUACAGCCGUGUGCGUUUGCAAUGAAACUGUAAGGACUGUUAUUGUGCCUUCUGAGAAGGCUGUAGAUUUGCCAUCUUGCAGAAAUAAUCACGCUGGUCCCUCACACAGGACAGAGGAAGUAAGAUACGGCUUAAAAGAUCAAACCAGUCUGAAAGCACGGACCACAUCACCACCAUCUUCAGUGUCCACUGCCAUUGUACUUCCCCAGACUCCAAUAACAAGGCCAGUUGAUACAACUGGAGCAGUAAGUAAAGCUUCAAAUUAUGUAGUAUGUCCAGAAGGAAUCCCAAGCACUAGACCUUCUACUCAAGCCACGGACUCACCCUCAGUCUCUACUAAUCAUUACAGUUCUCCAUCCUCCCACCAGCACAUAGACUGGAAGACCUACAAAACUUACAAAGAGUACAUUGAUAACAGGCGCAUGCACAUGUACGGCUCCCGAACAAUACAGGAGAGGUUAGACAGCUUAAGAGCAGCUUCUCAGAGUACAACUGAUUAUAAUCAAGUGGUGCCAAACCGCACUGCUUCUCAGGUACGGCGCAGGAGCACCUCUCACGACAGGGUUCCCCAGUCUGUUCAGAUCCGGCAGAGAAGUGUAUCCCAGGAAAGACUUGAAGAUCCUGUGUUGAUGAAAGAGUGGCCACGAAGUGCUUCACAAGAUACUCUAACUUCACCUUCAGUUAAUGCUAGAAAUCACAGGGCUCGGUCAUGGGAUUAUCUCAGCAAACAGGGUGAAGUGCUAGAAAACUUUCAUUCUGAGAAUAUGAUUGCAGAUACAAAUGGAGAUAGGAGAAAGACUUACAAGUGGACAGGGUUUACUGAACAAGAUGAUCGGCGAGGUAUUUAUGAGAGAUCAAGACAGCAUGCAUUUCAUAUGUCCCUUCGAGGUCAAAAUUUUCCUAUAGCUCCAAAUGCUUAUAUUUCAGACAGUAGGAGAACUGGUAGUAGAGCUUCUCUGCCCGGUUCUCACUUUCAGAAAAUUUCACCAGAUUUUAAAAUGUUACAGCCUUCUCGAGAUUUGCAAACUCCUGGAGGAGUUUCAAAACCUGCAGCUGUUUCACAAGAGAGAUUGUGUCUCACACCAGCCAGAAGUUCUAGAAGUAGCUCUCUGAAGAACUCAGCUCCCUAUGCAGCAAAAUCAUCUAUUCCCCUUAACCAGGGUCUGGAUGCUAUUGCCAGCAAAGACCAAAGAACAGUAAAUCACUUGCAUCAGAGCGGUAUGUUAAACCAACAGUCAAGGAUCCGAGCAGAAGGUGCCCCAGAUCACAAAACAGAAACUGGUAAAACCAUCCAACCCUCCUCUCUGUCUCCAGCUUCUGCCAAACUUGUUCAACCAAGUGAGUGUUCAACUACCUCUGACAAUGUAGAUGGUUCUGUAAGACAAAAGAUUCAUGGUUUUGAAAGGGAAGAUGUCCGUGAGUCUGAAAGUCUGCAAAGGGAUGUUCAGGGAAAUGACAAAGACACAGUGGUCAUGCGGGACAAAUCACCUUCUGGCCACCAAACUCCACAGCCUUUGAGGCAUCAGUCCUACAUUCUUGCUGUAAAUGACCAAGAGGCAGCCUCGGACACUACCUGUUGGUUACCUAACGAUGCUCGGAGAGAAGUCCACAUAAAAAGAAUAGAGGAAAGGAAAGCAUCGGGUUCCAGCCCACCUGGUGACUCUUUGGCUUCUAUUCCAUUUAUUGAUGAACCGACUAGUCCUAGUAUUGACCAUGAUAUUGCACACAUUCCUGCUUCUGCUGUUAUUUCUGCAUCUGCUUCUCAAGCACCAGCUAUAACAACUGUUCCUCCCAGUCCCACAUCUCCAAUCCCUUUAAUUCGGCGACAGCUUUCACAUGAUCAUGAAUCCAUGCGGCCUAUUGUUCUGGAUAGCCAGCCUGCCGCAAAAACUGAGAGAUCAAAGUCGUAUGAUGAAGGACUGGAUGACUACAGAGAAGAGGGAAAAUCAUCCAUUAAGCAUGUAUCUAGUCUAAAGGGGAUUAAGGUCCCAGACAGCCAGAAGUCUUCAGAAGACUCUGGUUCCCGAAAAGAUUCUUCUUCAGAGGUGUUUGGUGAUGCCUCAAAGGAAGGAUGGCUCCAUUUUCGUCAGCUUGUUACAGACAAAGGAAAGCGAGUUGGUGGGAGCAUUCGGCCAUGGAAGCAAUUGUAUGUUGUUCUUCGAGGUCAUUCGCUUUAUUUGUACAAGGAUAAAAAGGAACAAGUGACCCUGUCUGAGGAAGAACAACCUAUAAGCAUCAAUGCUUGUUUGAUAGACAUCUCGUACUGUGAAACCAAGAGGAAAAAUGUGUUUAGACUCACCACAUCAGACUGCGAGUAUCUGUUUCAAGCUGAGGACAGAGAUAAUAUGUUAGCAUGGAUUAAAGCAAUACAAGACAACAGCAACUUAAAUGAUGAGGAUACUGGUGUUACUAGUAGAGAUCUAAUUAGUCGAAGGAUUAAAGAAUACUCUACAUUGAUGAGUUCUUCGAGCAGCAAAACAGAGCCAUCUCCCAAAACACCUCGCCAGAGUCUAAGUAUCAGACAGACUCUACUUGGAACUAAAGCAGAGCAGAGGACUCAGAGUCCACAUUCUCCUAAGGAUGAGUCUGAAAGGAAGCUUCUCACUAAAGAUGAGACAAGCCCACCAAAAGACAAGGGGACAUGGAGAAAAGGCAUUCCAAGCAUUAUGAGGAAGACAUUCGAAAAGAAGCCAUCUGCUGUUGGAACAUUUGGUGUCAGGCUAGAUGACUGCCCCCCAGCUCAUACCAACAAAUAUAUUCCACUGAUUGUUGAUAUAUGCUGCAAACUAGUUGAAGAAAGAGGUCUUGAGUACACAGGUAUUUACAGAGUUCCUGGAAAUAACGCUGCCAUCUCAAGUAUGCAAGAAGAGCUCAACAAAGGAAUGACUGACAUUGAUGUUCAUGAUGAUAAAUGGCGUGACUUGAAUGUGAUAAGCAGUUUGCUGAAAUCCUUCUUCAGAAAACUCCCAGAACCCCUUUUUACCAAUGACAAAUAUGCAGAUUUUAUAGAUGCCAAUAGAAAAGAAGAUCCUGUGGAGCGUCUGAAAACACUGAAGAGACUGAUUCAUGAUUUACCCGAACAUCAUUAUGAGACUCUCAAAUUUCUUUCUGCACACCUGAAGACAGUAGCAGAGAACUCAGAAAAGAACAAGAUGGAACCAAGAAACCUGGCAAUAGUAUUUGGUCCAACACUUGUGAGGACAUCUGAUGAUAACAUGACACACAUGGUUACGCACAUGCCAGACCAAUAUAAAAUUGUAGAAACACUCAUCCAAAAACAUGACUGGUUUUUCACAGAAGAUGAUGCUGAAGAACCUCUUACAGCAGUUCAGGAAGAAAACACUGUAGAAUCUCAGCCAGUGCCAAACAUAGAUCAUUUACUCACCAACAUUGGAAGAACGGGAGUAUCUCCUGGAGACGUAUCAGAUUCGGCUACUAGUGACUCAGCAAAAUCUAAGGGUUCUUGGGGUUCUGGAAAGGAUCAGUAUAGCAAGGAACUGCUUGUGUCCUCCAUUUUUGCAGCAGCUAGUCGCAAGCGGAAAAAAACAAAAGAGAAACCACAACCAAGUAGUUCAGAGGAUGAGUUGGAUAAUGUGUUUUUCAAGAAGGAGCUUGCAGAGCAAUCUCGUGGUGACACAACAAAAGAGGACACAGCUAAAGGGGAAUAUGAAAGAGAGAGAGAGAUAGGAAGAAAACAGAGGAUGUUUGUCCUGAAGGAAAAAGAGAACAGCAGUAAAAAAGAUGUGAAUGUUGUAAAGGAUGAAAAGAAGUCAUUGAAGAAAGAAAGUAUCCUGUCAGAGGAACCUUCACUGCCUUACCAUGAAAAAUGUACAAAAUCAUCGAAUCUCAAUUGUCUGCAAACCAUGCAGAAGAAUAACCCAAAAAUGCCUAUUUCACAAUCUUCUUCCCAGGUUGAGGAGACAGUGUCUGACUCUGGCACUAUGCUAAGCACUUCCUCCCAGGCUUCCCAGCACAGAUACUCAUGCAAAAAAGUAGCCAGCCCUGAAAUUAAACACAAUGAGUUUUUAGCAGCUGAUGUCAGCUCCAUCACCUCAGACUAUUCAACUACUUCAUCUACUAUGUAUCUGACUGGUUUAGAUGCCAGCAUGCUGAGCCCUGAGGUGCAGUCAGUGACAGAAAGCAAGGGAGAAGAUGCCGAUGAUGAGAGAAGUGAAUUGAUCAGCGAAGGGCGUCCUAUGGAGACAGACAGUGAAAGUGACUUCCCUGUCUUUGCCACCAGCGCUGCUGCCGAAAGGCUUUCCAAAGGGAAAGUUUCGGAAGUGGUGAAGACCAGUCGGAGGAACUCAGAAGAAAGCGAAGUAAGUUGUACUGAGGGAAGUUCCACGCCAAAGUUAGAGAGUCGCAGACUUUUUAGCUCACACAAACUUAUUGAAUGUGAUACACUCUCCAGGAGAAAAUCUGCACGGCACAAAACGGACAGUGAAGGUUCAGGGGAUGCAAAGAGUGAGAAGGACUUGCCUACUGUGACCAAAAUGUUUGACAUCAUGAAAAAAGGAAGAUCAACAAGCAGUCUAGCCUCAUCAGCCAGAAGCGAGGCUGACAAACAAGAACCUACCUGGAGACUUAAAAUUACAGACAGGUUAAAGCUGCGACUCAAGUCAUCUGCAGAUGACAUGUUUGGAGUUGGGAAUCAAAAAGCUAAUUCCGCAGAGACUGCAAAGAGAAAAAAUAUCAGGCGAAGGCACACGCUUGGAGGACAGAGGGAUUUCGCUGAAAUAAGUGUCCUGAAUGCUUGGAAAGCUCAGGAGCCAAGUCAAAGUAGAGAGAGAGAGUCUGAGCUUUCAGCUGUGACUCGGUUGAAGCCCAAAUGUCCAGCACAGGACCUCUCAAUCUCAGACUGGCUUGCACGAGAACGUUUACGCACUAGCACAACUGACCUUAAUACGGGUGAAACUGGAAAGCCCAGACUUGAGAACACUAGCUUAGCAGAUGUAUCAAAGGAAGACCUGCCCUCAUCUGCAGACAUGCAGGCAGAUGAAGGCAGUUCUUCCAGCAGCUUGACUUUAAUUAAUAGAACACCGCCGUCGGGACCAUUUCAGCCACCAGACCAGGUAAAUGGUGAAAAUUAUCAGAAUAUGAACAAAACCAACUUCAGCCCAGCAGUUGAUGCCCAUCCUCAUAAACUGUCUGGGACCCAAGUGGUUAGAUCUCGAUUCUACCAGUAUCUUUGAAAUGGGAAGGUGUGUCCACUGCAGCAAUUCAUUAACUUACUGUUACACUUCCCAGUAACUCUGUGUGUGUGUGUGUGUGUGUGUGCGCGUGUGUGUACAUAUAUAUAUAUUUUUCCUGUACUGUUGUUGUUAUGCAGCCUUCAUUUGGGCUGGUUUCAUCAAUAUGCUCUGUGGAACGUCUUCACAGUGCAUUACCACAGCCAGAAGAACACUAAAGUAUAUAUAUAUAUUUUAAGAAAAAGUAUAUUUGAUGGCUGCAUACAAAUGUUGAACAAAGCAUCUGAUGCAACAUGCUGUGUAGUGUAUACAUGGUUUUUCUGACUGAGAGUUGGCCUGGCAUUAGUAUGCAGGAAAAUUGUUCUUUUGGUUUAGUCACUAACAAGUGCCUCAUCAUAAAUUCAUUUGGUUUGUUAGGGUGCCAUAUUGUUAAAUUAGAGAAACUUAUUACAAACAAAUGAAUGCAUUUUACUGUUAAUGAGUUUCAUUACAUUUUACAAAUGUUAACACAGGUGGCUACAGAGCUUCCAUUCCUUAGGCAUUCCAGUAAAUAUUGGAGUUUUAUAUUUCCAAUUUUAAUACAGAUUUUGAGUUUUAUGUGACUUGAAUUUCUAAUCUUUCUGUAAAAUAAGUAACUUAAAUGUACAUAUUACAUGUGUAUCUUUUCUUCAGAUACCAGAUUUGAUAUAAAUGUUGUAACAUAGGCGUGUAGAUAGUGGAUACUGGAUGGAACUGGUUUCUUUUAUCGAGAAUAUAAUUCUGCAUGAAGACCUAAUGAAUCCAAACCUGUAUCAUGCCUGUGUGCAUACCCACUUAAACACUGGAAAUAAAAUCGUUUUGGUGACUCUU